CGGUUGUCAUGAGAGCGCGGCCGCAGCCCGGCGGUGCGCGGGGGUGGCUGGUCCUCGGCUGUCACCUCCGCGGGGCCUGCGGGUGCAGCCGGCCGGGUCGGCGGCGGAGACGCCCCUGAGCUCCGUCCUGGGGCGCGGCGGCCUGCGGAGCGGAAACAGCCCACACGUGCAGCAUGCCCCACAAGAUCGGCUUCGUAGUGGUCAGCUCCUCUGGACACGAAGACGGCUUCAGCGCCCGGGAGCUAAUGAUCCAUGCGCCCACGGUCAGCGGGUGGCGGUCACCAAGGUUCUGCCCGUUUCCACAAGAAAUUGUUCUCCAGACGGUGGAGAGGUGCCGAAUAAGGAAGCUGCAGCUUCUCGUUCACCAGUACAUGAUUUCCAGUAAAAUCGAGUUCUACGUCAGCGAAAGCUUGCCUGAGUAUUUCGUGCCGUACCAAGCAGAGCGCUUUCGCAGACUGGGCUACGUCUCCCUCUGCGACAAUGAAAAGACGGGUUGCAAAGCCCGGGAACUGAAGUCCGUGUACGUGGAUGCAGUGGGGCAGUUCCUUAAGCUGAUUUUUCACCAAAACCACGUCAACAAGUACAACGUCUAUAAUCAGGUUGCUUUGGUUGCAAUAAAUAUCAUUGGAGACCCUGCGGAUUUUGGAGAUGAAAGCAACAUUACCUCCAGGGAGAAGCUGGUGGACCAUUACCUGGGGCACAACCCCGAGGACCCCGCUCUGGAGGGGACUUACGCCGGGCGGUCUGACUAUAUCUCUCCCCUCGAUGACCUGGCUUUCGACAUGUACCAGGACCCCGAGGUUGCACAGAUCAUCCGCAGGCUGGAUGAGAGGAAGCGGGAGGCUGUGCAGAGGGAGCGCUACGACCACGCCAAGAAACUGAAGCAGGCCAUCGCCGACUUGCAGAAGGUCGGUGAGCGCCUGGGGCGGUACGAGGUAGAGAAGCGCUGUGCAGUAGAGAAGGAGGACUACGACCUCGCCAAGGAGAAGAAGCAGCAGAUGGCGCACUACCGGGCCCAGGUGUACGAGCAGCUGGCACUGCACGGCCUCCUGCAGGGCGAGUCAGAGGUGCAAAGGCCUCUCAACCUGCCCCUCCAGCCCCUGGCCCAUGCCAGCAGUCCCCGCUGCCGCAAGCCGGUGCCCUCACUCCCACAGCCAGAAGACACAGUUCUGGAAAACCAGCUUGGGGAGCCUCUCCUGCCGGAGCAGCCAGUGUCCUACACCCUGAGCCCCGCUCCGAAGUGCUCGGCAGCAGACCAGCCACCACCAGCCCCAGGGCCCGCCCUGCAGAGCACUGCUGAGGCCCUGCCCUAUGACGAGCGGCCGCUGCCCGCCGCCCGCAAGCAGCCCGAGAAUGCCCUGGCAGAGCCGGAAGCAAGUGAAGCUGAUGCCAGCGAUGCCCGGAGAGGAGGCCUUGCUGGGCAGCCUGAGGCCCUGACGGAGAAGGCCCUGCGGGAGGCCAGCGCUGCCAUCGACGCGCUGGGAGAGACCUUGGUCGCCGGGGCCUAUUCCAAGACCUGGUCCUGCCGCGAGGACGCGCUGCUGGCCCUGUACAGAAAGCUGAUGGAGAUGCCUGCCGGGACCCCGAAGGAGGACGCGAAGAACAUGCUCCGCGCUUCUGUCUUUCUCAUCCGCAGAGCCAUCAAGGACAUCGUGACCUCAGUCUUCCACGCCUGUCUGAAGCUGUUGAAGAUGCUUCUCACCCAGUACAUCCCCAAGCACAAGCUGGGCAAGCUGGAAACGGCGCACUGCGUGGAGCGGACCCUGCCCUCGCUGCUCGCCAGGACCGGUGACUCCUCCUCGCGCCUCCGCGUGGCCGCCUGCAACUUCAUUCAGGAAAUGGCCCUGUGUAAGGAGGUCCGCGCGCUGCAGCUGGUCCCGGCCUACUUGGUGCAGCCCCUGAAAGCCAACUGCUCGGCGCACCUGGCCAUGAGUCAGGUGGACCUCCUGGCCCGGCUGCUGCGAGACCUCGGCACCGAGGGCUCGGGCUUCACCGUGGACAGCGUGAUGAAGUUCGCCGUGCGCGCCCUGGAGCACAGGGUGUACGAGGUCCGGGAGACAGCCGUCAGGGUCAUCCUGGACAUGUACACGCGGCACCAGGCGCUCGUCCUGGAGUACCUGCCCCCCGACGACAGCGGCAUGCGCAGGAACCUCCUCUACAAGACCAUCUUCGAGGGCUUCGCCAGGAUCGAUGGCAGACCCAGCCACGCGGAGAUCAGGGCACAGAAAAGAGCAGCUACCGAAGAAGCAGAAAAACAGAAGAAAGAAGAAAUCAAGGCCUUGCAGGGGCAGCUGGCGGCUCUGAAGGAAACCCAGGCCGUGGCCGAGGGAAACGUCAGCGACACGGAGAAGCCCAGGCACCAGGACAGCCCGGGCAGGAAAGCGGCGCCACCAGACGUCCCAGACAGCCACUUCCUGGACAACCUCUGCAUCUUCUGCGGGGAGCGGAGUGAGGCCUUCACGGAGGAGGGCCUCGACCUGCACUACUGGAAGCACUGCCUCAUGCUGACGCGCUGCGGCCACUGCAGGCAGGUGGUGGAGAUCGCCAGCCUGACCGAGCACCUGCUGACCGAGUGCGACAGCAGAGACACCUUCAGGAGGUGCUACCGCUGCCGCGAGGCCAUACCCAAAGAGGAGCUGCCCCGACACAUACAGGCCAAGGCCUGCAGCCCCGCCAAGUCCGAGAAGCUGGCGAACCGGUGUCCGUUGUGCCAUGAGAAUUUCGCUCCUGGAGAAGAGGCCUGGAAGGCGCACCUGAUGGGUCCCGCCGGCUGCACCAUGAACCUUCGCAAGACGCACGUCCUUUCCAAGGCCCAGGCACCGCCUCACGGUAAAGGCCCCACAGCGGCCAGGUCAGGACUGAAGGCCAGCAGCAAAAUCCCCACCCCAAAGGGAGGCCUGAGCAAGAGCUCCAGCAGGACUUACUGUAGGCGGUGACACAGUGACGUCGUCUCUGUCGGGUACAGGCCAGUGUCCUAACUCCAAGCCCGCCCUCCAGAGAACCAGACAUGCAGCCGCGUGCUGGGCUCUGCUCUGCCCUCUCUGAAAGGCAUCACAGCUCUGACCAAAGAACCCGGAGCAGCGCUCCCCACCCGCACCGCGAGGCCUCGGGCUCAGCCCCUGUGGCCUCAGGAGGACCAGGGUGCAGACGGCCAGGGUAAAGGCAGAGGCUGACCAAGGAGCCGUGACAAACGUCAGCUGCCGGUAGCCGCCCCAGAUGUGAGCCUGCGCCCUGCCUCAGGGCUCAGGACCGCUCACCGGCCAAGCCCUGGAGAGUACGCGGGGUAACACGCCUGGAUCCCUGCCCCCACCUCAGAGCCUGCCUGCAGGCGUCAUCCUGGCACUGGACACCUCCUGCCAGUCGGGCCUGCUCAGGUCUGUCACGCUGUCCUUGCUCCCCAAUGCUGUAGUGAACCCCAGGUCCGGAUUUUCACAGUUUGCGGGAUGUUCACACCAGAUGCUGCCUCCGACCUGACCCAGACCUCAGGACAGCAUCUCCCAGGCCAGCAGGCCCCAGGGUUUCCCUGGCGACCAGAAAGAUGAGCUCUACCCACUGCGCAGCUGGAAAGGCCCAUCCCGUGCCAUCGCUGCCCAGGCAUGGGCAGCCGUGUGCUGGGGACAGGCCACCACAUGCAGCCAGGGUGCUGCUUGCACCCUGAGGCUGCACGGGCAGCUUUCCAAAUGCACUCAGAAGUGUGUGGGACAGGGACCUGCUCCUCUGCAGUUCCUGUACGAAGGCUUUUAACCCAACCAUGUGGAACAACGAAGUCCACACAGAACUGAUAGGAGCUGGAGGCCAACCCAGGCUAUGUGAUGAGUUCGAGGCCAGCUUGAACUACAUGGCGAGACUGUCUCAGAGAUCCUCAUAGGUGCACAAACAGUGAGCUCCCCGGAUGUGCCGGCAACCAAGAGGCUGAUGAAUUAACCUCUGCUUUUGGCAAACUAAUACCUCAUGGUGUGGCUGAGGAAGAACAAGACCUUCCAAGACAAUAACCUAUCAAAAACCAUGGGGAGGGAGGUGACCUAACUCAGACAAGGCGGAGCGCAGAGGCCAGGGGGUCUGCAGUGCUGGUCCGCUUCCAAGGGGGCUGGCCAGUAUUUCUGAUGCAUCUUUUAAGAACAGAGAAAGCACUUAAUAAAACAAUAAUGAGGAAAGUUAAUCAAGAAAUUAUUCUUUUCUCUGCAGGCCAAAUUUAAUAGAUGUAUAGUCUCUCCUGUUUGAACUUAAUAAAAAUCCCCUUUUAGGCAUGCUGGCACACGCCUGUACUCUCAGCCUUUGGGCAGCUGAGGCAGGAGGAUCUGAGUUCAAGGCCAGCCUGAGCUACAUAGUGAGACCCUGUCUCAAAAAAUUCUUAGUGAUCAACAAACAAAAUUGGUCUCCCACCUAAUUCUUGUGCUGGUUCCCAGAGAGUCCAGUUUUGGUGGCAGUGAUUAGUGGCUGCUCCAGAGACCAAGAGGGACGCACAAGGACCCCAGAGGCACCGGAGGACCCCUUGGCCACUCAGGACUAAACAUCUAAGCUUGGAACACUAACAAAUAAAUGAGUUUUCAUUUAUGA